GCGACUGUGCAUGUCACGGCCCCAAAUUUCCAAGCUCUGACCGGACAGUAGGGUCUCCGGCCCGGACGGUCCGCCCUCUCACGACCUUAUCUACUUUUGAGCUGCCGUGUUUCUCUUUUUCUCUUGCUUAGUCUCGUCUUCUACCUCCAGCUCGAGCCGAACGGAGAAGCAGAGUCACCAUCGAUCCGAAUCCACGAGCUCCACCCCCAUGGUUUCCAAAUCCACCACACCCAGGGACUCUCCACCUCCCUAGCCCCCUCCAUGGCCCCUCAAACUCGAGCUCCGACCACCAUCUCGUCGGGAAUCAUAGAUCUCGCAGCCGCCAGUUCAAGCUCCGCCCGGACUCGACCUCACCAUGGAACUUCAUCGUCCGACCACCGUUUUCACCACCCAACGGCUCAAAUCGACUUGACUGAACUGUCGAAGAACGAACCCGUGGAGCCCACCGAGUCCGUUGAGCCCGUGCCUGGAGUCCAGUUCGUGAUCGAGCCCGAAGCUAACCAAGGCAAGCAGCUAAGCAUAAUUCCUUGCACCUAUUUAAUUUGAUUAUUUUAAUUAUCUCACCGGGUAAUAUUGGGUAUAUAUAUAUAUUAUGUACGUAUGUCAUUCUUGGACCCAUUUUGAUGCAUUGUCUUUCCUUGAUUUGUUUAUCCAUGUCCUUGUCACAUAUUAGUCAGUUAAUAACUUAAUUUGACUAGAUGCUUAGCCCUGCUUAGAAUACUCACAUUGCUUACUAGAAAGAAAUGGUCUGGAGAAUCACACUUACCGAUAAUCCUUGAUCGCACUGGUUCGGUUUGGGUGGUGAUGAAGUGGUAGUACCGAGAUUCGAGCGGAAUGGUAGGGUCUAGAGAAUGAAGUCACAUGGGCAUAGUCCGCUUGGAUCGAUUAAGGACUGAGUUGAUGCCAUCGGCCUUGAGCACCUCUUCGUGCUACCACAUAUCCAAUAUAAUGGUACGAAUGAGCCAAUUAUCUUCUUUAACUUGAUCAUUGAUGUACAGUCCUAGAUACGAGGCUAAGGGCUAUGCAGAGAGGUUUAGAGGUGUCCCCCCGGGUGGACCUAUGUAUAGGAAAGUUUAGAGAUGACCCCGGUGAAAACUAAGUCUCUACUCGUAAGCUAUGUGUGAAAAUUUCAAUGAUCGAGCCAUGUUGGAAACGGUUGACGCGAGUACCCCCUUAUUCAAUUUUAGCCGGUUGGGUGAGGCGCAUGGUCCUUGCGUCGUGUGGGUAAAAUUGUACACCCUUGCAAGGUUAUAAUCAAUUCGAAUUGCCGCGCUCUCGGAUAUGAGUAAACUCUUGGUUCGUCAAAUUCUUCAUAGAGAGUUUCGGUAUUGUUGGCUUUGGAUUCAUGUCAUAUCGAGGAUCUAUUAUAUAUUAUGUUACUCUCUUAAUCAACUAAAAUUGUUUGGGGUUGGGCAAGAUUAAUUAAGUUGGCUAGGUGAUAGUCUAGACAGCUCAUGCUUAUGCAAUAAUUACUUAACUCUAAAGCCUUUACUUGAGACUUUGCAUGAUCCUUAUUUAUUUAAUCGCGUAAGUCUUGCGAGUACCUUUUGUAUUCAGGUUGCUUUCUAAACCUAGUUGCAGGUGAGUCGGAAGUGGUGUUCGGUCACUUCUACCCCGCCGAUCCUGGUGCGGGGGAGGAGUAGGUCGUUGAGGCUAUGAUGGUGUCCUUGAGCAAGACAUCAUCAUCGUAGUAUGUUUUUAUCGUAAUCGAACUCCGUGAGAGUAUGUAAAUGCAAUAAACUCUAGGUUUCUGUUUAAUAUGACUUUUGUGAGCCCAAGGCUUGUAAUGGAAGUUAGUUGAACCCUCCUAUAUCAAACUUGUAAUAUUAAGUGUGUAAAAUUGCUCUUUUGUGGAUUAUCGGCAAUGUAUGUGCUUGUAUAACGGUACGUGUGCUUACUUCUGGGCAUGUGACAAAUACGUAUCGAGACUACUGGGUUUGUUCUCGUUCUAGGUGAACUGUGUUGAUUAAGUGCCUCUAAGGUGUGGAUUAGCACGUGGCGUGUCAAGAGACGGACACGUGCUAGCCCUCAUCUUAAAGGAUUAAUCAAUAGUUUCACUUAAAACGAGUGAAAAUUGGGCGGCCCUGUAACGAUCCGGCCCGGGAGAACAUGUAAGAUUUACUCUACACGUUGAGUAAAACACACCUACUAAAUAACUCUCGUGCGCUUUCGUCCUCGCUUCGCGCAAAAGGUUCGAACCGGAGUUACUAGCUUCCCAGAGACCGGCUAUUUAAGCUGGUUCGGCUCCCUCACCGUUUGCAGUUGGGACUAAAAAGACUUUGCCGCUGUGCUACAGUAGCUGUGUGAUACAGUAACCCGCGCGGCCCAGUCGGCCCGUGGGCCGUGGCAGUGCACGGCGGCGAGCUUCCCCCGUGCCCUGCCUGGGAACUGGGAACUGGGAACCUUCCCGUUUCGGGCUCGGGGACGCAAGCGCCCGCGCCGAUCCCCUCCCGCGCGUGGCGGCGUCAGGCGUGCCUGGAAAGCGCCCGCGCCGAUCCCCACCCUUUCGAGUUCCAGGUUGCAGACAACCCGUUCGAUGGAAUGCCGCACCAAGCUGGGGUCCUUGCUUCGGGCCAACGCCGCGCUCCGCGUGGUCCCACCGGGCAACCACCGCGGAAUCCACUUCCCGCCUGGUCCGACCUCGUCCGACGACGACGAACAGGAGCGGGCCCCGCUGUCGCGGCGCUGGUUCCGCGCCACCUACGCCCGGCUCCUCCGGCACGCGGGCUCACUCAAUGGCGUCGACCACGAGGGCGGCCUGCCGCGACACGCCGCGACGGGGUCCCUCGUGGCCUGCCCGCACACGGCCGCGCGGGCGGCGCACUUCGACGCGCUCGCGGGUGAGUUCGUCGCGGCGGCCGCCGCCGCGAGCCGGGGCCACCCACCGCCGAAGAUGAAGGAGACGUCGCUGAGCUCGCUGACGCGGGUCUGCGACGUGCUGGGCGUGUCGGCGCAGCGGCGGAAGAGCGUGCGGCUCACCGUCUGCCCGCAGGUGACGCAGCACCACGUCUGGCGGGGCGCGCUGGAGGCAGUGCUCGGGGACCUGCAGGCCGACAUGGCGUCGCUUGACGGCCCGUCCCUGGCGACCCAGAUGGCCGAGCAGAUCGCGUCGGCCUGCACCCGCUUCUUGUCAGACACCGCCGACGCGGCGGCGUCCUCGACGCCGUCCUGGAUGCGCCCGACGCCGUUCAAGAAGCCGGCGGAACCGCCGCCUCCGGCCAAGAAGUGGCAGGAGGUGCUGGACAUGUUCGCCGACCUCGCCAGGAGCCUGGAGACCGACGACCGGCUCGCCGGGCAUGCGCAGAAGGUGGAGGCGAUGAAGGAGGGGCUGUACCAAAUACGCGACGUCGUCAUCGAGCGCGACAUCGCCUUCAAGGAGGCGCGCCGGCAGGACUGCCUGGUGCAGAGGAAGCUGUCCAAGAGCCUGGGCCACUCCUCCAGGUGCCUCUACACGCUGCUGCUCUUCUACCUCUGUGGCACCGUCCGGGACAUCGAGGUGCACGUCGGCAGGUGCGUGUCCGACCAGGGAGGCAGGGAUGUCGCCGUUCACGCCGCCAAAUUCAUUACUGGCGGUGACGAAUUGGCGGUAAGGGGCAGCAUCAAGCAGCUGAGCCGCACUCUGGGCGUGUUCCGGUUUGUCUGGGACGCUGCCAAUACUGAAUCUGAUACUGCCAAUGACAAUGGCAAGGAUGGUGUUGUCAGGAAAAAGAAUAAAGUUUCAAAGGGUGUGCUGGAGCUGCAAGGGCAUCUCUGGGGCUUUGGUGUUGAAGAGAAGGUGGUGACAUACAGGGGAGAUGUGUUCCAUGUGCAUCAGAUCCAAUUACCCUGAAGCCCUUUCUGCAACACAUCUUCUGCAAAAUCCAGUCAUACGGGAGAAAAGCGUAAACAGGUGCGAUCUGAAUUGCUAUUCUUUUUUACUAGAGCUCUUCUCUGAAUUUGUACAAAGGCGAUGCGACUGCAUCAUACAUGCAGAAAGGGCGAAACAAAAAAAAAGGGGUUGGGGGGGGGGGGGGGGGGGUAUUACUUCCUUUUGGAACCUCUACAAUCCUCUUGGGGAAUCAAAAUUUUGUGUUUUCAACUGAGAGAUUUCUAGCCAUGGGUCUGUGAGACCGCUGCUUGGUCGCAUUGGACAGAGCGCAUUGUUGAUAGGACUGUAGUUUGCUGCUCCAGCUGAAUAGGCUGGGUGAGUAGGCGAUGGCAAGCAACUCCGGUUGGACUGCCUAUACUGCCGUAGCGGGCUAGAGCAAGGAGAGACAGGCAGGGACAUAUUCAUCCGCAUAUUGGGUGGGUUGCUGCACAUAACAAUAUCUCUGUUACACAAUGGAACAGAUGUAAUUUCUCAUAACUCAGACAGAAGGAGAACAUACAUAGCUGCAAUCCUGCGAUUUGAUGUUGAAGGAAGGGCGGCGGGGGUGUUGGGCCUGGAUGAUGAAAUUGCAAUGCUUGUCUGCGCCUGAAAGAAAAAACAUAUCGUUCCCGUGCCUGGAGCCAUCGCCCGCCGCCACCUCGCUCUCUGAACUCGUCAUCCGGCCAGCCGGGCUUGCGAUGAGGCCGUUACCGUUCGUCGGGAGAGUUUCCAGCCUCCGAAUCACGAGCCAAGUAUGGCUUCUAUUUGCAAUUUGCGACGCCUCUAGACAGAAUUUGGAAUUUCUGUGUACUGGUCACUUUGACUCCAAAUAUAGGUUGCUUUAGACUUAGUGACUCUCCUAUAAAUGCAAGUUGAUGCAAGAUUUUUAGCUACUUCUUUCCCUAUAGUACCCUCUAGUCUAAAUAGCGAUGUUUCGGGAGUGACCAUUCCAAACGUUGAUUAUGAAUUAUUUUUUACGUGUUGAGUUUUGAAAUUUUGAUAUUUGAAAUGGUA